UAACAAUAGAAGAAAACCUAACACGGAAAUCUAGGGACCUCGUGACGCUGUUGGUUUCCAUAAAAGCCCAAGCGCGGCCGGGGGUUCAGCUAGUUUUGGGGGAGAAUACGCAAAGUGAGCACCGGUUGAGAUUGUCUUGCUGCACUGAACAAUAAUUAAGAGGCCCGUCUUGCAUUAUUCAAACACGCUCACCAUAGCGUCUUGUUGACAUUUGACUGUGGCCCAAGUAUUUUUGUCUCGAGACAACUGCUUCAUCAUGCGACACGUACGAGCAGUGCUGAUGGGGAUUGCGACGCUCUUGACGGUCGUUUCUGCGAUCGAUGUCCCGGUGGCAACCAGGUACUUGACGACUGAGGUCACCACGCUUGCGCAGAGCGAGGCAGUGACGUUAGUUGGUUACCUGUGCGGUCAAGCUAAGGGAGACAACAUAAACGUGACAAUGGUGCUGAACAAUAACCCCAAGUGGUAUGUCGACUUCGGCGUGGUCUAUUAUUAUGUCGUUGACUCGGCAAACAAGACCGAGAAGGACGCCCUCUGUACCAACAUGAACCAAGGGAAGCCAGGGCCGCUUUGUGUGGUCAGUUCCUGGCCGUCUGCGGGCGAUCUGUACAUCAAAGGCAAAGCCAAUCUGGUUGGGGCAGUCAGCUUAACAGUGGACGCUGAGAGAACCCGUAAAGUAGGCCAACGCAACCCCGCAGUGAAGCAGUCGGCUGUCGAGCCUCUUCCCCGUCGACUCCCCGGACAGAAGCCCAUGCGUGCCACCGAUCAGACAAUCUACCUGGCUGAGUUUAUCACACUGACGGCCUUUCACACCUUACCGAGGCUACAGGAGGCUCAUCUCAGCUUCAACUUCUGCCCGACCCCGGCCAUCGGUUCGCAGUACACUAUCACCAGCACCGUGACUGGCAGGGAAGGCGAAGGCACCUGGGCUCAGUAUCUCUGCGACCAAUUACCGUGUGAUCUGAGUCAUCCUGGUAACAUUAUUGCUGACAGCAGGAAGCAACUGUCCAGCAACACGGUGGUGACUCCCUGUGGCCGUUGGACGCAGAUGUACGCCCUCAUCGUCUGCUUGGGUGGACCUUACGAUCCCAAGACCGGAGCAUCCGUUGGGGAGUUCCAGUUCCAGUUUAGCGCGUACGCGACCAAGUGCUAAAUUCUCGACAACCGCUCCCCAAAGGUAAUUUUAGUUCAAGACAAUGGACCGAUCCAGUAAGCCCCUCCCACUGCGCACGUGGGCAAAUUAACACGCGAUCCUUUCCAA